GGUCAGGGUUUAUCUCUGGUGAAUUUCAACGCGACUCUUGCUUAACGAAGCCGGUCUCUUGAGCAGGAUAUUACUUGUCUUCAAGUUUAUCUGGGCGUCAUACAUUCAGUAUCGUCAAAGUACAUGACAGCUACAGCUAAGGUUCGCCACUUUGCACGUUAGGGAAAGUAACGUGCAGUAACGUCCACUGUCACGUACUCGUUUCAAAUUUGACAGCGCGUGUAAAGCAGCUUUAACGACUCUGCCCUGAUGUCCGGGUUAAAAUGCACACGACUGGGGGGACCUCUGGUGAAGCAGCUGCUGGACUCGGUGGACAGUGUCCUGUUUGACUGUGAUGGGGUCAUCUGGAGGGGAGACCAGGCUAUCCCUGGUGCCGCUCAGGUUAUUAACCUGCUCAAAGAACAUGGCAAAAAGGUCUUCUUCGUCACCAACAACAGCACGAAGACGAGGAAGAUGUACGCAGACAAAAUGACCACGCUGGGCUUUGACGUGAAGGAGGAAGAGAUCUUCGGGACCGCGUACUGCUCCGCCAUGUACCUGAAGAUGGAAUGUAAGCUGGAGGGCAAAGUGUACCUGGUGGGGAGUAAUGCCAUGAAGCAGGAGCUGGAAGCCGUGGGGAUCCAGCAGACCGGCGUGGGACCCGACCUCAUCUCCGGGAAGCAGCUGGACUGGGCCAACGUGCCUCUGGAUGCAGAGGUGAAGGCGGUGGUGGUGGGCUUUGAUGAACAUUUCAGCUACAUGAAGCUGAACAGGGCCCUGCAGUACCUCAGCCAGCCCGGGUGUCUGUUUGUGGGAACCAACAGGGACACCAGGCUGCCUCUGGAGGGGGGCAAAGCUGUCCCAGGCACAGGCUGCCUCCUGAAAGCUGUUGAGACAGCAGCCCAGCGCCAGGCCGAGACUGUGGGUAAACCCAACCACUUCAUGUUCGACUGUGUGGCCUCCCAGUUUGGCGUGGACCGGGAGCGCUGCCUGAUGGUGGGCGAUCGUCUAGACACGGACAUCAUGCUGGGCUCCAACUGUGGCCUGAAGACCCUCCUCACCCUGACUGGCGUGAGCACCGUGGCGGACGCUGAGGCACAUCAGAAAAGCGGCUGCGCGGAGAGACAGGGGAUGGUGCCAGAUUAUUACGUAGACAGCAUCGCAGAUCUUCUGCCAGCUCUGCAGGGAUGAAACAGUCACAUGUCAGGGUCCAUUUGUUAGAAAAGGGAAUAUUUUUCUUUAAAGCUCCUGUCAGGAGUCUUUAACUGGUUAUGAAACGGACUGAAAUGAAAACUGAUGCCUCUGUAUGACUUACUAAAGCCAACAAGACCAUCAGCAACAAAUAGCUUAUGACUAUAUGGUAAAUUUAAAUGCCUGAAAUCACUGCCAUGGGUUAGGUGUCUGACCGAGUGAUCAACAGCAAACUGCGACAACAACCUAAUUUUACAUUCUCCAAAGCUAAGAUCCAGGAUAGAUGAUGCAUUUAACUGUUAACAGAAAGCAGGAAGAGAUAUAAUUUACAACUCUGUCCACAGACAGCUCCAAAAUUCACAGACUGAAAGAUCCAUACAGGAGCUUUAAGAUCAAUAUUAUUAAUAUAAUGUUUAUGACAAAGUUGUCACAUAGCAGUCAGAACAGGGAACGACUGUUAUUAGCCCAACAAAACCUUUAUUAAAAGCUUCUAUUUUAACAUCUUGUUAACAAUUUAUUAUUAAUAUUAUAUGUAUAUGAUCAACAAGCCAAUAUUCUCUCAGUGUUACAGUUACUAAAGAUGUAGUCUUUAUGUUCCUUUUUAGGGAGGAAGGUGAACUUUUUAUGUCCUUUUCUUUGAUGCAAUAUCACCUUAGUCAAGACACAAACUAGAGAGGAAAUGAACACACAAACUGUGCAAACAGUUUGGUAAUAUACACUCACUGGCCAUUCAGUACAUCUGUUCAGCUGCUCAUUAAUGCAAAUAAUUAGCCAAUCACAUGGCAGAAAUUCAAACCUAGCAUUGUAAUGAAAAAGUAAAGUGAUUGAAGUGACUUUGAAUGUGCCAUGGCUGUUGAUUUGGCAGGUGUUCACAUUGUUAGGGCCAGAUUCUGAUCCUACCAUUUAAAUACUGCUGCAGAAAUUAAGGUUCAUCAUGUCAGGCAACAUUUUCCAAUCCUUCUGUCCAAUUUUGUAAGCCUGUGUGAAAUAUAGCUUCACUCUGCUGUUUUUUAGCUGACAGGAGUGAUCUACUGGGCCCCUGAAAGGCGCGAUAAACGGUCCUCCACUGAUGCCAUUUUGCCCAUUUAGACCCAAAGCUGCCUAAAAAUAUAGCCUCUAAAACCUAAGGAACUGUACAGCAUUUUAAUGUUUAACAAAUUCCUUAUUUUUCAGCCUUUGUAGCAGACUGAGACAUGGUGAUUAGAAAGCUGAAACCCUUGGCUUUAACCCUGAAUAAUUGCCUUUGUUUAGAGUUCAUUAACAUUUUUAAAAUUAACAAUCAAUCAAAUAACAAUUAUCUCCCUCAACCUCUUAAAAGGUGUCCUUAUCCACGGAGCCUUGGCAGUAGCAUCAGAUUUUGGGUCACUGUCCAAAUUUUGGCAUUCAUGUCUCUGUGUCACUCUGCUGGCUCAAGUUGUCACAGCAGUUUGCCAGAAAAAUGUAUUUCUAGGUUUAGAUUAUUUUUUUAAAUUCAACUUGACUCAUAAAGAAAGUGGCAGUUACAGUCAUGAAAAAAAAAACAUUGCAAACAUUUAAAACUGUGAAAAAUUUCAUAAACAAAACAAAGAGAAAGGUCGGAGGUCUAAUCCCUGAUUAAAUUAGAUAAAGACCUAUUUUAAAGAACGGUGGCUCGCUUUAAUUUCACUAGCUUCAGCUAAAGCUAAUGUAGCUACAUUGGCUCCAUAAUUAACAUUACUACCAAGUCAAGUAAUCUUUAGCAAAUUUAGCAAAAGCUAACUGUACUAUGUAGAUAACAUAGAUAGAGCUACAUACCUCACGCAGCUAACUGAGCUAUGUAGCCAGUGUAGCUUUGGCUGAAGCUAAUAAAGCUACGAUGGCUACCUAAUUAACAUUACUACAUAAGCCAAUUUAGCUAAGUAAGCUUUAUUAACAUGAGCUUUGGCAAACAUAGCUAAAGCUAACUGCGCUAUGUAGAUUGCGUAGAUAACAUGGGUACAUAGCUUAUGUAGCUGCUUUUUGAGCUUAACUUUAGCUAUGUAAGCUAAAUAGCUCUGUUAUCUACAUAGCUUAUGCAGCUAAUGGAGCUAUGUAAGCUAUGCUUAGCUUUUCUAUUUUUAGCUAAAGCUAUCCUAGCUACACUGGCUACGUAAUUAACUAACUUAACCAGUAAAGCCAUGUUAGCUUUAGUAAUCUAAGCUUUAGCAAAUGUUGCUAAAGCUAACAGCUAUGUAGAUAACGUAGAUACAUAACUUUUUUGAGAGCUUAGGUUUAGCUAUGUAGCUUUGUUCGCGACAUAGCCUUGAUAUCUACAUAGCUUACGCAGCUAACUGAACUACACUGAUGAGCUUUUUCCUGUAAGAAGACGGUUUACUCGGCUUUAUUAACAUUUUGUAGUCGAAUAUUGCUGGUCAAGUUUUUAACUUGAAACUUUUGGUUACCCAACCAUUCUCAUCAACCUUACCGUGUAUUUAAGCAAGUCACAUAGCAGUUUUUGCAUCUGGUCUAAAUGGAUUUAUAUAAUUAACGUUUGCACAUCAAUUCUUUAGCAUUAGCCCCUUGUUUGAGAUUUGCCUCCUGGGCCAAUCAGGUUUAGAGUGGACUAAGAAUAAUGCUACAGAUCUUAGCAUGGCUGUCUACUCUGACAUUACUCUUUUAGUCCAAUGGACCUGCUUCAAGGUUUGAUGUGUUGUGCACUCAGAGAUAUUCCCUCUGCAUACCUCUGUUGUAGUGCUUAUGAGUGUGUUGGUUGUUGCUGUGAUUAGCUAAUAAGAUAAUUGCAUUAAUGAGCAGUUGAAGAGGUGUACCUAAUGAAGUGGUCACUAAAGUGUGACUAUGCGUACUGUAAGGUUUACAGCUCUGUUCUGUAGUCUUCAGCAGGUGGAGAAUUGAGCUAAAAGGCACUGAACUGGUCUGACUUGAUCUUUCUGUUUCAUGUAUUUUAUAAACUUUGCAGUAAGUGUUACAUUAGCAGUGACUUUUCAUGAGACGGUGCAAUGAUACCAAUUUUUGUCUUAUUUUCUCACCGGUGAAAUGGUGCUGAGUUCUUCUUUAUACCAUCUGUUUAUUCUCACUUGUCAAAACACUGGAGGUGACACUUGACUCUGUAAUAAAACAUAACCUAUCUUCACCAAAUCUGCUCUCUUUG